CAGCACAACGGCGGCAUCAAGUUCGAGAGGUCCAGGACGCCGUCGCAGAGCGGCGCCACGUACCACCGCGGCAGGAGCAGGAGCCGGGCCUCCGGCUGCACCUGCAACAGUGGGUGGCAGCAUCAGCGCCCCAUUCCGUCCAGGACCAUGUCGGUUGAAUCGUGCCUGCACUGGGAGUGGGAGGACAGCAGACCCCCAUCCCCGCAACACAGAUACAAAUCGGAGUUUCAUCUGCAGCCCCGCUGCGUCCCAACCGGCUACGGAAGCACUGUCCUUCGUAGGAAGGACUCAACGUGGAGGAGGUUCGUCGAGGAAGUCCGAUUCGAGAAAUGUCUGGUUCCGGACCAUUCACCAAAGCCGCCAAGAGCGUGCUCCCCACCGCCAACGCCGACUGUACCCACAACACCCACUGCAGCACCCACUGCAGCAGCAACUGCAGCACCGGCCCCAGGCCCGCCGCCAGCGCCGCCACGCCGCUACCGGUCCGAGCUCGAAGUGUGGAUCUCGGGCGGCCCUCGCCUGGCGGGCAGGCAGCCCAACGCACACGCCGUGGAGGCGUCUGCCUAGCUCGCGGGCGCAGCAUUCGCCCCUGGCGGGCACGAUCUUGGCGACGAGCUCCGCGAGCGCGCGAUCCGCUAUUUUACAGUGGCUAUCAGGUCGCGUGCGUGACUAGUUCCGAGCACAGUGACUUAUGCGAGGGAAAGAAGCCAUCGCACCGCAGCCUCCCUGUCUCUCUCGCACUCACGGGGCGUCCCGCUGGCGUGCGAGAGAGACACGCCGGCGAAACGCGGUCCAGAAUCGGUCUGCUGGAGCGUCAAAACAGAACGGUGUUUUGGCGCGGGAGGCCACAGACCGCGGGGCGAUAUGUUAGUAAAUACAACAAGGGGUGUCCGGUGGGCUUUCUUCGGGCGCCUCGCGUCCGGGGCGUCCGGGUGGCCGGGGCAAUGGUCCGUGAUGGCCGAUAGCCUCACACACAUCUUGGCACGGCGCCGCGACCUAACCUUUCCGUCCUCUGUCCUUUCAUUAUUUCUGCUACAUUUCUACCACGAGUGUGGAGCCGAGCCGAGCAGGGAACGCCCACGACGGCCCCGGGACCGGCGACUGAAACCUCCAACUCCAGUGACGAUUGAUUCAGUAGGAUGUUUAGCAAAACUGUUCGAAGCAAAAUACAUGACAUGCUUGAUUUUCAAA